CCGCUGCUGGCGCUGUGACGUCAUUAUGAGGCGCGAAUUCUUCUGCUUCAAAGUCUGCUGUCUUCUUUAUUUACACACGCACAAAUAGUAAAUACCCAAACUAGGAAAAUAAACCAUUCUUCCCUCCAAGCGGUCAUGGAUACCAGCGCCUUCGACGCCGAUAACUCAGUCAGCUGUCUGCUGUCCUCCAUCGUUCCUGACGUGUGUAAGACUGAAGACUGCUGCCUGGGCAUCGACGAAGCGGGCAGGGGACCAGUGCUGGGUCCAAUGGUUUAUGGAAUAUGUUUUUGUCCCAUUUCCAAAAAGGAGGAUUUAAAGGGCUUGAAAGUAGCAGAUUCCAAAACUUUGUCAGAAUCAGAAAGAGAGAAUCUAUUCCAAAACCUGGACGAUGCCAAAGGUUUUGUGGGCUGGGCCCUGCGUAUUCUCUCCCCAAAUAUCAUCUCCACCAGUAUGUUACAGAGGACCAAAUGCAACCUGAACACCCUGUCACACGACACGGCCAUUGGGUUAGUUCAAUUUGCACUAGACAGUGGCGUACAGCUCAAAGAGGUGUUUGUGGACACUGUCGGCCCCGCCGAGAAGUACGAGGAGAAACUCUCCAAACUGUUCCCAGGCAUUGAGGUCACGGUGAGGCCAAAGGCUGACUCCCUCUUCCCUAUCGUUAGUGCAGCCAGUAUUUGUGCAAAGGUGGCCAGGGACCAUGUUGUGAAGAACUGGAAGUUUGCUGAGGACCUCGAAGACGUGGAUACAGAAUAUGGCUCAGGAUACCCGAAUGACCCAAAGACUAAAGCGUGGCUCUUGAAGUAUUUGGACCCAGUGUUUGGCUACCCCCAGUUUGUGCGCUUUAGCUGGAGCACGGCCCAAACCUUGAUUGACAGCAAGGCUGUGACUGUCCAUUGGGAUGAUGACGAGGAGGAUGGCGAGCAGGCGGCACAGCGGCUGGCCAACAGGUCUGUGCUGUCCUAUUUUGGGGCGCCAGGUGGCGUCAACAACAAGCAGACACACCGCUUCUUUACAGAACGCAGGCUGAAGAGUAUGGACACACUCUGAGGACUGGCCGACAUGCACUGUGAGUUGCUUGCACACAAGCAGCAUUGUGGGAAAGUCUUGGCUUGAUUUACUCAUAAAUUGUAUUUAGUAUCCGUUUUACUCAUAAAAUAUUUUUUUUUUAUAAAACAUAUCCUGCAGGGGUUUGUUUGAAUAGGAGCAGGAACAAAACAUGAGGCAGGGUUGCAAAAGAUAUUUUAAUUCCAAUUCUGCCCUCUAGUGGCAGUAUUGAUAACUGCAUAUGUGUUGGUAAAAGCCUUUGUUUUACAUUGCUGAAAUCCACAUUAGUUAUGCCAAUAAAAGGCAAAAGAAAAUCCCUCCAAUCACUCAUGGUCGGUUAUAUUGGCUAAUAUAACAUAUUGCCAAUACAUGCAGAGGAAUGACACUAUCUUGCACAAUAACAACAAAGGAUUGGUAGAUGUUUGAACUCAACAAAAUGGCUUCACAUAAAUGGAGAUAAUAAAUAACUUUCAGAAGCAAGUACUUGAUUGAAGAAAGCAAACGACGCGUUUAAAGCCGGCUUCAGGCUCUUAGACACAUUUCAAGACAUUGACAUCAGUCUUGCUUUUGUGACUAACAGGCAUAAAAAUCACAUCUAGAGCUUCUGUAUUUAGACACACUCAAAAGAUGACGGAUGAAGACAUCCGCUAGAUUCGCUCCUUUCCAAGAUGUUAAGGCGUUGCGCUGCUCUUGAGAUGGAUGCCAAAUUUCGCAGCGUCCCCGAGCAGUCGCUGUUUUGCAGUGCAUCCUCUGCCUCUACUUGAAUGAAGACAUCAUUUGGUGUAAGACGAAAUCACAAACCAGAUGCACCGGCUACCCGCAGCCUGCUGUCAAUUGGCAUUGGGUUUGUGCCGAGACUCCUGGAUCUUUUUCCCGCAGUUCAUAGCCAGAGUGGACACGGCGAAAGAAGACAGAAUGAUAAUGGAGCUCCCAACAAAAUGAGACGAAGCCCCUCUGGCGGUGGCCCUCAAGGCUUUCUUGGAGAAUGACUCCCGGUCGAAGGCCCCGGUGACCGUCGCGCUCUGGGCUGUAGCUUCCAUGGCUGGUUCAACUUCUCAAGCCGUUCUUGUGUGUCUUUGGUGCGAGGCAGGAAGACAACACCUUGCCGCCUUUAAAGUAUCCAGUUCUGUCUGGUUCGUUCUAUGCGGUCAAUUUAUAACCUCCCUUGCUUUGUGUCUCAACCCUCUUAAGAGCCACUUCUUCCCCUACGUCAAUGGGAUUCAAAAUAGUUUGCAUGGCCGCCAAGGACAAAGGUGGAGAUUUAUUUCAGAUCAAGACAGGGUGCCCUAAUGCCAUUAGAUCACCCUGUCGUUGUCCGACAGUAUUAGUGGAGUUCUUUAGCUAAGACAAACUGGAAAAUGUCAGUGUCAUCAUUUUUGGUGCCUGUAUAAGAUCUUUAAAAAAAAAUAAGCAGGAAAACCAAAAAGUUCGAAGGGGCACAUGAGGUGAAGUUAGAAACUGGCAGCUUGUUUGUGUUGGCUUUGGUCAGCGUCAGGGAAUGAUUGACUGGAUUAUUAUUAGAGUUGGUCAACACUUUCAGUUUGUUCAUUCCAGAAAAAGCAUUGAUGGUACACUUCUGUUGAUUAGAGAAAUGUUAAAUCCACAAAGCUCACCGAAAUAACCCGAAACGGAUGAGACUGGAAUGUACUUAAAUACAUAAUGCAAAACCUCAAGGCUUCUUAAUGAAUGUCCUUUGAACAAAAAUACAAAAUAGAACUUCAGGCAAGUCGCUGUAUGUUUACAGAAUUUUCAAAUAUGAUCAAUUGGCUAUUUUAUCUGAGCGUUUUGUUCUUUUGUCAAAUCAGCCUUUUUUAUUUUUUUUUAUUUACAUUUACAAAUAGUUAUUUGCAACAAAUAUCUGCACUGCUCUGAAUACCCGUUUAGUCACGAAAAUAUUGUGGACGUUCAUUCUUCAUGAUGGCAUAUUAAUGUAAGACAAGAAUGUCUGAUAUCCUAAAAUCACGCAAUAACAGUCGCAUUGAUUUUUCAGACAUGGGAACGCUUUGUACACAUUUAUGCUUUUAAUUAAACCACCUACUCAAUCAUG